CAAGUGCGAAUUACACGACUGGUCAAACUAUAUAGAGGAAAGAAAAAUGAAGUUUUUGUGCCUGGUGUCGUUGAUAGUGUGCGCAUUCGCACACGGCGCUGAGAUCGAAAAUGAUCUCCUUUCUACAGUGGACCACGUGGAAAAUCAUCUUGAAAACACCCACUUGGAACUGCACUUCUUAGCAAAUGAAGAGAAUGUGAGCGAAGAUGCACCUGCACUUGAGUAUGAUGACAGACAAACCCGGCUCGUGGCUGAUGCUAUCGCGCAAGUGAUUGAAGACUUCAGAGAUGUGGUCAUUAAUGGAAACGAUAACCUGCCUCCGCUUGACCCUCUUGAAAUACCCGUCAUUGGACCCUUCGAUUUCAAAGCUCCCGCUACCACCGCUCAGGUGACCGUCAACAACUUCCGCAUGGAAGGUCUCCAAUGGUACGUCCUGGACUCUAUCAACUUCAACGCGAUCCGACUGGCUUUUGGAGCGCACGUUACUAUUCCUUGGGUUACUUCAACUGGUACCUAUGAAGCCCGCGCGAGGCUAGGUCUCCUGACUCACAAAGCUGGUGGUAACUUCAGAAUAUUCGCCCACCGUAUCGAGGUCGGUUUGGACAUAAGAGUGGGCACCAAACUUUUCGGUGGAACUUUGUAUCUAAGGGAAUUGAACAUCAAAAUUGAUAUUCAUGACACUCACAUUCAAAUCCAUGGCAUGACUGGCUCCAACAUUAUCAAUGGUUUCAUCAACGGCUUCAUCCAGAACAUAACACAGGAUAUUAUCCAAUCGGAAAUGGAGAAUGUUAGUCAAGCGCUCAGUGAGGAACUUUUUGACGUCAUCAACGACGCGCUGAAGGAUUUUACCAUCAACGAUAUCAUGGGAUAGUCUGACUACUAAGAAAAAACCACAAUAGGACGGAAUUGCAAUACUCACUAUUUUACUUAUUCUGAUGAAAAUAAAAUACUAUAAAAAAAUA